AUGAUGGAGGGCAAAGUGGGUAGAAGAGUCAUGCAACAACAAGCCCUGCACUGUUGCCACCUCUUCCUGUUUUGGGCUGUGCUGCUCCUCCUGGCCAGCUUUGCUCUGUCCUGCCCUCCCCGAUGUGACUGCUCUGCCCAGAGUAAGUCGGUCAGCUGCCACCGCAAACGCCUACCUGCCAUCCCGGAAGGCAUCCCCAUCGAGACACGUGUCCUGGACCUCAGCAAGAACAAGCUACGGAGCAUUACACCAGACAACUUUUCAUCCUUCCAGCAGCUGGAGGAGUUGGAUCUCAGUGACAACCUCAUCAGUGUGGUGGAGCCCGGCUCUUUUCGCUCUCAGUUUGCUCUGCGCUCACUCAUCUUCCGCAGCAACUUGCUCCAGCUGGUUCCCGCCGGUGUCCUUUCCGGUUUGACAAACCUCACACGCCUUGACCUCAGUCACAACCGCCUGGUUGUUCUGCUGGAUCAUGGCUUCCAAGAUCUGCACAGAUUGACAUCUUUAGAGGUGGGGGACAAUGAACUGGUUUUUAUCUCGCAGCGGGCCUUCACAGGAUUACUAGGACUUAAUAGACUGACCCUAGAACAUUCCAACCUGACAGUGGUCCCCACUGAUGCCCUUGCACAUCUGCACAAUCUGAUUGAACUGCGCCUGCGCUACCUGAGCAUUAGUUUCCUGAAGCCGUACUCCUUCAAGAGGCUAGCACGUCUCCGCCAGCUAGAGAUCGAUUAUUGGCCCUGGCUCGAUACAGUGCCAUACCUUUCACUGCAUGGCCUCAACCUUACAACGUUGUCCAUUACCAACACGAACCUGUCUGCCAUUCCUGGUCCAGCAUUGCGCAACCUGCCCUACCUCACACAUCUCAACUUGUCCUUCUGUCGUAUCCAGUACAUCCAGCAGGGAGACCUCGGUCAGUUUUCACAUCUGCUUGAAUUUCACCUGAAAGGUGUACAGUUGGCAUCCAUUGAGCCUUUGGCAUUUGUGGGUCUCAAGUCUUUGCAGCUACUGGAUGUCUCACAGAACCACCUAAACUCUCUGGAGAGGGGUGUGUUUGCCUCACCAGACACCCUCCAGAGGCUCUAUCUGGGUAGUAACCCUUUGGUGUGUGAUUGCCGCCUACUUUGGCUGUUGAAUGGCUACAAGCCCCCAUCCCUGCAGUUCCUAGAUGUCCAGCCCGAGUGUAGUGCCCCUGAGCCGCUUCUGGGUAAACUUCUCCGUGACCUCCGGGAGCCCCUGGUUUCCAGGUAUGUGACUUGCACCAGGCCGCGGGUUGGACCAAACAUUACCCAGCUGCUUAUGGCUGAUGAGGGGCAGCCUGCCCACUUAAGCUGCACAGCAGAAGGAAUGCCUCAGCCCACAAUUGCCUGGGUUACACCUCACAGACGCUACAUCACAGCCAAGAGCAGUGGUAGGGUGAAAGUCCAAGCAGACGGCACCCUGGAGAUCGAGACUGCAGAGUUGCAUGACAGUGGGGUGUACCUGUGUAUCGCCACCAAUGCUGCUGGCAACGCUAGUCUGUCUGCCUCUCUAGCUGUGAAGGGCUUGGUAAUCAGUGACAGAUUGCCGUACAGCAACAGAAGCUCAAACUAUCUGACAGACUCUAACAGCACCUGGGGGAAUGGAAUGGUACUGUAUAAUAUGACAGUCCCCAUAGACUUGAAGACUAUCAUCAUAUCUACGGCUAUGGGCUGUCUGUCCUUCCUGGGUGUGGUCAUCUUCUGUUUCCUGCUUCUGUUUGCCUGGAGCCGAGGGAAAGGCCACCACAAGAGCAACUUUGACAUCGAGUAUGUCCCACGCAAAUCCAAUGGGACGGCAGCCGAGGUGACAGAAACAAGUGGCCCACGAAGGGUCAACAUGAAAAUGAUUUGA